AUGUCUAUGGAGGAGCGGGAGGACCCCGAAGCGGUGCUGGUGACGGAGGCCGGGCCGCAGUGGCUCCGGGUCGAGGUCGAACGCCUGACCCGCGAGCUGCGAGAGACGACCAACGAGAAAAUCCAGGCGGCCGAGUACGGACUGGCGGUGCUGGAGGAGAAGCAGCUCCUCAAGCAGCGGUUCGACGAGCUGGAGACGGAGCACGAGACGGUUCGACAGGAACUGGAUCAGCUGAAGGAGGCCUUUGGACAAGCUUACUCUACUCACAGGAAGGUGGCAGCAGAUGGUGAGAGCAGGGAAGAGUCACUGAUCCUGGAGUCUGCCAGUAAAGAGGCUCUCUACCAGCAGAAAGUCCUAGACCUGCAGAAUGAGCUUCGACAGUCCAAGGUUUCCCUCACCAGCGCACAGGCAGAAAAUGAUCGUCUGUCCUCCAUUGUCCUGGAGAUGAGAGAGAAUUCAGAGCUGGUGGAGCUGCAGCGCAUUCAACUGCGUGAUGACAUCAGGGAGUAUAAGGUGCGAGAGGCUCGUCUGCUGCAGGACUGCAGUGAGCUGGAGGAGGAGAACAUCUCCCUUCAGAAACAAGUGUCUGUGCUGAGACAAAACCAGGUGGAGUUUGAAGGUCUAAAGCAUGAGAUUCGCCGCCUGGAGGAGGACUCGCAGUGCCUGCACAGCCAGCUGGAGGAAGCCGUGCGUCUGAGAGAAAUUGCAGAGAGACAGCUAACCGAGGCCUUAGAAACCAUAAAAACAGAGCGUGAGCAGAAGGCCACCUUACGCAAAGAGCUCUCCCACUACAUGAACAUCGGUGGCUCACUGUACAGCAGCUCGUUCAAUAUAUCCUUCGACAACCUGAAACUCCACGAGGAUCCAUCCACCCUUGCUGAGCCUGACAACGAUGAUCUAAUCAGAGGCUUUGAAAAUGGUUUAAUUAAGACAGGUGAUGACAACAACAGAGGUGAAGCCUUUAAGCCGGCCCCCAGCCUGGUGGAUGAUCUGCUCAGUGAACUUAACAUCUCUGAGAUCCAGAAACUUAAACAGCAGCUUGUACAGGUGGAGCGGGAGAAGGUUGCGCUCAUCAGUUCUUUGCAGGAAAGCCAGAAGCAGCUGGAACAGGCCUAUGGGACAGUGUCUGAGCAAAAGGAAACUGUCAACAGGCUGACAGAGAACCUCAGUGCAAUGAGAAAACUUCAGGCCAGUAAGGAGCGGCAGUCUGCCCUCGACAGUGAAAAAGACCGAGACAGUCACGAUGAUGGAGAUUAUUAUGAGCUGGAUAUCAACGGACCGGAGAUCCUUCAGUGUAAAUACACUGUGGCUGUGUCUGAAGCUGGGGAGCUGCGUCAGGAGCUGAAGACGCUGAAGGCACAGUACGAUCAGUGUCAAGCUCAGUACGAGGAUGAGCGAGCGCGGCUGGAGAGUGAGGUUCAGGACUUGAGGUCACGGCUGGCGUCCCUGGAGAAGAUUAGCCAAGCAGAUAAAACGGCGGUAGCUCGUCUGGAGAAGGAGCUCCGCUUAGUCAGCGAGGCUGCAGGGGAGUCCCUCGGCAGCCUCAACGUCGCCCAGGAUGAGCUCAUAGCUUUCAGUGAAGAGCUGGCCAACCUCUACAACCAUGUGUGUAUGUGCAACAACGAGACUCCUAACAGGGUAAUGCUCGACUACUACAAGGAAGGCAAGGCCAUGGUAAAGAAGGGGCAUGAAGGGAAAGAGAACCUCUCCUCCAUACUUCUCACUAAUGGGCUGAUCCCAGAGAGUGAACCUGGAAAGUCAGACCCCAGCAGCCAAGCUCCAGCCCUAGAGCACCGCCCAGAGCCCAUGAACAUCUACAACCUCGUAGCGAUCAUCAGGGACCAGAUCCGCCACCUGCAGCAGGCGGUGGACCGCACCACAGAGCUGUCGCGCCAGAGACUCGCUAAUCUAGAGCUCAGCACAGUGGCAGACAAGGACAAAGAGGCGUGCAUGGAAGAGAUCCUCAAACUCAAGUCCCUGCUCAGCACCAAAAGGGAACAGAUUGCCACUCUCCGAGCUGUGUUGAAGGCCAACAAACAGACAGCAGAGGUUGCUCUUGCAAACCUGAAGAGCAAGUAUGACAGUGAGAAGGCCAUGGUGACCGAAACAAUGAUGAAGCUCCGCAAUGAACUCAAGGCCCUGAAGGAGGAUGCCGCGACAUUCUCCUCUCUGCGCGCUAUGUUUGCAACAAGGUGUGAUGAGUACGUGUCCCAGCUGGAUGACAUGCAGCGGCAGCUGGCUGCAGCUGAAGAUGAGAAGAAGACCCUGAACUCUCUGCUGCGCAUGGCCAUCCAGCAGAAACUGGCCUUAACUCAGCGUCUCGAGGACCUGGAGUUCGACCACGAGCAGGCUCGCAGAAACAGUGCUUCAGCAGCGAGUGGCAAGGGCAAAACAAAGGGCAAGGGAGCGUCCUCCAGCCAUCGCUAAAUCUUUUGAAGCAAGUGUCCUUAAGGAUGUCCACCAGUGUCCGAAUAUUGCCAGUCUCCUGUCCUCCUGGUUUCUUCGCUUUCUAAUCAUUCUUCCCUACAUGUUAUUGCCAACACAAGAACAUACACUAUCUAACAGUAUUUGCCAAUGGCCUUGUUUUAAAGUGCCAAAACCAACGUGUGACACCAACAUCAACUCUCAAAAUCAGCUUGCACCACUAUUACUGAACCAGAGGAAGAUUCACGAUAGUUGUCUUUGCUGAAACCCCAUUGCCUGUGUUACCCUGACUGAGCACUUUUUCAUUAACUUAUAUUUGCUCUUAGGUGGUAUAUUUUACUGUGUGGUCUUAAUGAUGUCUUUAAUUAAUCCAUAUUUAUUUUUUAACCACAAACAAUAGAUUACAAGGUAUAGUAUUAUAUAGAUAUCUAUAUAAUAUUAUAUAUAUCAGGAGUAUAGUAUUAUAAGAAGCAGUAUGUGUUAAAGUCAAACAAGAGACAGGUGAAAAGCUUUUCUGCUUGUUCAUUUGUUUUGGCCUUAGAAACAAGGAUAUUUCAAAACAUUUAUUUUGUUUUUUAGGUCAUUAUUACAUAAUGCAGUACAUUGUUUUUACCAUGUACUGAAAAUAUGCAGUCUCAAUUCAGGGUUUUAUGUAGAAUUUGUUUAAUAGACCUCUUUUCUGUAGACGAGGCAAAGCUGUUACAAAAUCAGGUCUGCUUGUUUUCACUGAGAGAGUAAUAAAAUAUUAGGUAGACAUUUUUCUGUUAAAGUCAGUUAUUAAUGCUAUUCAUAAACCUUAUUCAUGAAGGAGCAAGUGAAAUGUAAUUAAUACAUUUCUUUGUAAAAUGUCCUAAUAUCUGUUGUCUUCCAACAAUAAGUCUACAAUACCAUUGUGUAUUUUGUUUAUGUGCAAUUUGCAAAAACAUUUAUGCUAUUUAAAAAUAUUUUACACACUGUCCACAUACUUGGUCCUAAUUGAUUUUAUAUGUUUUACUAGAACAGUAAUUGUAUUUAUUUGACAUUUUCCAGACUAUGGGAUACAUCAUUUUUAUUUCAUGAGGGAGUCUGUGCAGAUGUUCUGGUCAGAAGUUAAAGUAUAAAUUGUGGUUAAAACACUAUGAAAUUUAAUGACUGACUGCUGUCUGUGCUUCCAGCUGAGUGGUGAACAAAUAAAUCUAACUUAAAUCAAAA